AUGGGAUGGCAAAUGGCUGAUCUAUAUGAGAUUAGCCCAGCUUUGUGUUUGCACAAGAUUUUCAUGAAGGAGGGGCAUAAGCCAGUUGCACAGCCACAACGUAGAUUGAAUCAUGUGAUGAAAGAUGUGGUAAGAAAAGAAAUAAUCAAGUGGUUGGAUGCAUGCAUAAUAUACCUAAUUUCAUAUAGCAAGUUGGUAAGUCCAGUCCAGUAUGUGCUUGAAAAGGGUGGGAUGACUGUAAUCACUAAUGAUAAGAAUGAGUUGAUCCCCACCAAAAUGAUCACUGGAUGGCCCAUAUGCAUGGACUAUCGCAAUCUGAAUGAUGCGACAAGGAAAGACAACUACCCAGUUCCCUUCAUUGAUAUGAUGCUAGACAGGUUUCUUGGGAAAGAGAACUACUGCUUCUUGGAUGGGUAUUCGUGGUAUAAACAGAUCACUAUUGAUCUUGAAGACCAAUAA